GCUUCUUCUCCUCUGCUUCUCUCGGCCGAAACCAACCCCAGCGGAGGAGCGAGCGGCGGCGGCGGCGGCGGCGAUAUGCAGUUCGUCCGAGGCGUGGGCGGCGGCGGCGGGGGAGGAGGAGGGGCGUGGGAGGUGCUGAGGAGGCAUUUCUCGCGGAAGCGGGCGGUGGACAUCCGGCGGAUCAACCCCAAGGUGCCCAAGGAGGAGGCCGUGGCCAUCUCCGGCCGCCUCCUCCAGAUCCUCGCCGACAACGGGCCCCUCACCGUCGGCAACACCUGGAACCACGCCAAGGAUGCUGCGAUCGACGGCCUGAACAGCAAGACCCACAUGAAGGUCCUGCUCAAGUGGAUGUGGGGGAGGAGGAUCAUCAAGCUCUCGUGCACGCAGGUGGGCAACACCAAGAAGUUCCUCUACUCCCCGUUCACCGCCGACGACGCCGAGGCGACCGAGGAGCCAGCAGAGGAGCAGCCGAAGAAGAAAGGGUGGAAGGGGAAACACCCAAAGUACCAGACCAAGAAACAGCCGGCGGCAGCGGCUUGACUCUGGUCCGCUGCAAGCACUCCUUCGGGCAUUUUCCUGCUGCCGUUGUUUCUUUUCUGUUUUACUUAGAACAGAAGAAAAGAUUUCGUGAUGGACCAUUUGGGUUGCCGCAAAUUUCGCUGGCAGGCUGGUUUGCUGGGCUCUGUGUUGUAGACUCGCUGGUAGAAUAAUGAUGACAUCAAAAUCUAAUACUACGUAUCUAUGAUCCUUGA